CAUGUGACUGAUUGAUAGACAGCCACCUCCGGGUCUGCGAGGCUCCACUUCUCCAGCAUUUAUGAUUCCACUACAAAACACAGUGGGUACCUACUACUCCACGGGUACAUUUGCACUGUUCGAGGGCAUCGAACAUGGUUGCAAACUCCCCAAAAAACUAGCCUGUGCGGCAGCUACUGGUUCGGGCCAUGACUUUCCAGAGUUGCAGUACCUUGUUUACGUUACCCAGAACCAGAGGUUGGUGAUGCCCAAGACCGAAAUCUGGUACGUUGAGAUACAGCGGUACGGUGCCGGAGGCCGUGUGAAAUCGACCUCGCCAAACCGACUGCUCGCACUUUCUGGAAAGCUGGAACAACCCAGUCUGGGCUUCAGCUGGGUAAGAGAGGACGAGGCAGGCCCCCGUGUGUUUUGUGUUCUUCUCGCAUUUCCAGAGAGCGGGUCGAUCUGGUGUCUCAGAUUGCCAGGUGUGAAACCACGCUGGUUGAAUUGACCGUAAUGGUAAAAGCGGACGCCUCGGCUCCUGUCGCCGUCUUCGACCUCACGAAGUCUUUCCACGAAAGCCUUUACCAAAGUCAUUGUUCAUCGA